AUGCACCUGGGGAUUCGUGAGGUGCUAAAAGCGGGUCUAGUGUGGGCCGAAGCUGUGCCGCUGUUCAGGGCUCCUGAGGCAGGGAUGGACAGCAACCGCCGUUUCGCUAGCGGGGAACAGGCGGCGGCAGCGGCGAAGGCGGCGGCGUCGGGGGAUGUGUCAUUUAGCCCCGCGAUGGCGCAGGCGGUGGAGCGACUCUGCAGGUUGUUGGACAAGGGCUUCGCCGAGAUGGGGUUCGGUAGGUUCGGGGGCGCGGUGCCGCUGGGGGAGGCCAUCUCUCUCGUGGCAUUCGACGUUUGUGUUCCGGAGGUCUUGAAGAGCUUGCGAGCUGCCCGGCAACCGAGCGAUAGUCGAGAGGGCGUCGAUUACCUCAUGCGUACGUUUCUCCCGGACGACCCGCCGGAGCCCGACGAAGUCGAUCAAGACUCCGCCCCCGCAGCACCACCAGCCGCCACGUCUUCCUCAGCGGCAGCCAAGGCUGACGGCAGCGAGCAAGCAUCUGACGAUCGGUCGACAGCGACUGGCGCGGUGGUAGACAGGGACGGGCACGACGGCAGCGGCGGCAAGAACACCGGAGGUGGCGGCGACAGCGGUCGAUCGGGGUCCCCCGCGAACAGCCGUGGCAGGGGCGGCAGCGCGUUCGUGGACGAGGCAGCGGCCGGUGGUGUGGGGCUGAUGCUCUCAAGUCCAACAAAUCUCGAGCCCUUUCUCCUACCAUCCGCCUCAUCUCUUCUCAUGGCGAAUUCGUCUUUGUCAGCGGCAGCGGUGACCGCCACACCGCCAGCCGGGGUUGGCGAGGGGGUAGGCGCGACGCUGCCACACCGACCAGGCGGCGGGGGAGCGUUAACGUCAGCGGCAGGAGCUCCAAACCCGUCUGUCAGUGCCGCAGCGGGGCUACUAUCCUAUAGGUAUUCUGUGGGGGCAAGCGGGAGUGGAGGAGCGAUGGGGGGUGACGAGAGACUGUGGCUGGUGUACGACGGCGAUUCCGCUGCGGGCAAAGGCGUGGUCAGCAAGGUCAACGCUCCUGAUCCGUACUGGUUAGGACGCGCGCCGCCCGGAGCGGUUUGUCCUCACCGACACAGUAUGGAGUUUUUCUCUUCGUUCGAGAGCGCCAAUCUUCUACGCGCAGUGCAGAGAGGACCUGCGGAGUAUGAUCUCUUCCUCCGGCCGGACCUCCACACCCACGGGCACACCCAGUGGUUCUACUUUGCCGUGCGCGGCACACACCCUCCCGGAGUGGUCGGCGACUCGGUGAUUAAGUUCAACGUGGUCAACCUCACCAAGCCUGAUAGCCUGUUCGCGAUGGGCAUGAGGCCGGUAAUGUACUCCCACAAGGAUGCCGAGGAGAAAGGGCUUGGGUGGCGGCGUUGCGGCCACGGAAUCGACUACCGUAGCAACGGGUACUCCUGGUACAAGCCGGAUGGAUCGCACGCCAGCUUCUACACGCUUUCGCUGUCGGUGACCUUCCCCAACUCCGGGGAUACUUACCGCCUGGCUCACGCGCAUCCCUAUUCGUACUCUGAUCACAAGCGACAUCUCGCCGGACUCCUUGAGAACGAGCGCACGUCGAGAUAUCUCAACCACACAAUCCUGUGCAAAACACUGGGCGGCAACGACUGCGACCUUCUUACGGUUACAGACCCCCACGACACACCGAUAACCGCCACGGGAGUAGUAAGUAGCAGAAGCAGUAGCUAUGGCAGCAGUCCCCCAAGCUCUAGCCAGCAACAACAACACCAAGGGCAGCAGCAGCACGAAAGACAUCACGGGGCAGGAGUAGAGCCCCCAGGGGUGACCACCUCAAGCAACAAUAGCGGGAAUACAAAAACCAACCUCGAGAAGUCAGAAACAACUACAGAACCGAUAGCCGCAGCAGCACCGGUAGCUGGCGGGGCGUCACAAGCAGGGGCGAUGAACGGCAGCGGCGGUAUUGGUGGCGAGGACGUCGGUAACGGCUCUCUUGGAGUAGGAGCAGGAUUAGGGGGCCGGUACGGUCUGGGCAGUAUGGUGGGCCGGCGCGGGAUGAACAAGCGUUGCGUGGUGAUCAGUGCGCGGGUGCACCCAGGAGAGACUCCGGCGAGCUGGAUGAUGCGAGGAAUGCUGGACUUUCUCAUGGGUGACAGUGCCGAGGCUAGGCUUCUUCGAUCCCUGUUCGUGUUCAAGAUCGUGCCAAUGCUCAACCCGGAUGGGGUCGCAUUUGGCAACAACCGUUGUAGCUUGGCGGGAGUAGACUUGAACCGUCAGUGGAAGAGGCCGUCUCGUGCUUUGCACCCGACGGUGUUUUGGCUGAAGCAACAUAUCCGGCAGGAGCAGGGGAAGAAGGGGGUUGCGAUGUACAUCGACCUACAUGGGCACAGCCGAAAGAUGAAUAUUUUCAUGUACGGUGCCGACGAGAAGCGUAGGGGCGUCUCCUGCCCCUCAGCGCGCGUAUUUCCCAAGCUGCUCAGCUGGAACCGCUUGGGACGGAAGUACGUCUCCUUCAAGGAGUGCUCUUUCGCAGUGAAGAAGGGGAGGGAGGCCACGGCAAGGGUAGUGGUGGCACGAGACCUUGGCAUUGGCAACAGUUACACCGUGGAGAGUACCUUCUGCGGGGUGGAUUUCGGUCCCUUGAAGGACCACCAUCUCAACACUGAUCACCUGCAGGAAGCGGGUGUGGCGAUUUGCGACGCACUCCUCGACUACUACCUCCCAAAUCAGGCCCAGCGGGAGCGGGCACACAGCGAUCUCAUGGCGAGAGACGGCAUCGAGGGGUCACGGCUAGACUUGCUCAACAUGCCUCCGCCGAACGGAACAAUUAUUGCUGCUGCCGUCUCCGGUGGGGGAGGUUCCGACGUUGAACCUUCCGCGGAUGGAGAGAGUAACGGCGGGAGGGGCGCGGGUAGGAGUAACGUUGGCGGCUGUGGCGCAGCCGGCGAGGAGGGGGGGGCACAGGGAAUGGAGGGACUAGACAUCGACGAUGAUGUGGUCGAUAACAACGACGACAUCGAAUCAGAAGAUGACAAUGACUCCGCAGACGCGGCCGCGGGAGCGGAGGCGGAAUUGGAGGCCUCUCCUGAAGAGACCGAUCCGGACAACCCGUCGGACGCAGACCCGCCGUUCACCACCACACCAUCCCCGCAGAGCACCCUGCCACCAGCAGGCGUCGUUGCUCAGGCACGAAGAGCCCCUUCCUCCUCUCCACGCAUCGGGGCCAGCGGGCAGGAGCCACUGAGACGAACGGGCGGAGAAGAUAGUGCAAUAGACCCUGAUGCCCCUUUGGUCUCAGCGAGACGUGGUGGUGGUCGUGGUGGUGGCAGUGGGAGCAGCGAGGCUGUCGCAGAAAGUGCUUUCGGUGACGCUACGGCGCGCAAUCGAGCAAAGCACGAGCAAGGCGGGGAUGGGGAAGGAGCGGGGGUUGGAGAGAGCAACAAGACCAACCCUUGGGCCGGGAUAGAGUGGGGUCAAGGAGAAGGGGAGAGCGGCGACACGGUGCGGAGAUGGGGGAGAGUGGUACAAGAGGUAGACGGUUACGGCUCGAGCGAAAUAGGGGCAAACGGCGACCUAGAGAUACCGCCGACUACGGGGGACGCAGGGUUGGGGGGAAGCGGGAAAGAGGAAGGGCGCCGGUCGUCGACGAGUCUCGGCAAGGCAGGAAGUCGAACCGAAGCGACGGGCGAAGACGGUGGUCAGGCAGCAACAGCUGCAGUGGCGGUGGCGGCCACGCGGGCGAAAGUCACGACAGGGGAACCACCUCCGCCGUCGGGACGGAAAAGCAGGAAGGAACGGCGACGUGCCUCCGGUUCGCGCGCUCCGAAGGCGUUGGCUCUGAGCGGAAACCGUGGGAGAGGUGGGAGCGAGCGCAGUAUCGUCGUACGGCAACAUCGUCCCCGCGGCACCUUUGGAAACGGCGGGAGCAAUGACGAUGCCGCCCGGCGCGCAUCCGACGCAGCAUUGCAGGCCGCGUCGAACGUUCUAGCUGCGUGUGCCAGCAACAGCACUACCGGCGGCCCAAUAGGCAAGCCCCGACGUCGCGUUCGCGCCUUGCCGGACAACGGCCAUUUCACCCCAAACAGCGGCAGUGGUAGCGGCGCAAGCCGCAGCAGCGCCAGUAGCACCAGCAGCCGAGGGGGCGCCAGCAGUGGUCGCAGUCGAGGGGGCGGCAGUAACCUAAGUUUCCGCGGUGGAAUCGCAAGCGGAACAUCGCCCACGGUGGGGACCCCGGAGUCAGCACCCAGAUCGGGCUCGAGCCUGGUGGACUCAACGCAAGACGGGGGGCGGGGGGGGGGCGGGGGGGAUGUUGCCACGGCGGGGGUCGUCAAGCGAGGUGGCAACCCGAGAUGGCUGAGCCCAACCAACAUCACCACUGGUUCCGGGGUGGGAGGGGCCGAGGGCGAUUGGAGCGAGCGCGGGAGUCUUCCUUCAAACUUUGUCCAACGAGUAGGUUCUGUCCAGCAAUCUCCCUUUCACGAGCGCGACAACAGCGACGCAGUGCGCUCCUCUCGACAGCAAGCCGAGGUCGGUGCAGCUGCACCGGAAAUCGGAGUAUUCAGCGGGGGCGGGGGCGGUGGUGCCAAAGGCUUGACAAGCAGCGGCGAUGUCGUCGGGGGUUUGCGGGGGCGCAUAGUUAAAGGCCGCGGAGUGAUCGCCGUUGGUGUAGGCGGGGAAAGGACGGCGGAUGAAAAGCCAACCUCCGUGCCGGCCGCCCUUUUCGCGCUGCCGGUUUUAGAGGAUGGUGGUGGGGGCGGCACCAGCGGAACUGGGGCGCGGGGAAUGGGCGGGCGGAAGAUACAAGCAUAG